AACGGGUGUGAAGUAAACAGCGUUUGCGGUCUCCACCCGCUAUGAAACACGAAAUAACGUCUUAAUAACGCGAAUAUUUGCCGAAAUAACAUUAUUUCUUGAUCAUAACAUCGACAAUAACCCGUGAGUUAUGGAUGAUCAGGGCUGUCCGAGGUGCAAGACGACAAAAUACCGAAAUCCGUCCCUGAAACUGAUGGUGAACGUCUGUGGCCAUACACUAUGUGAGAACUGUGUGGAGAUGCUGUUCGUGCGGGGGUCCGGUAACUGUGUCCAGUGCGACACGCCCCUCCGAAAGAGUAACUUCCGUCUGCAGCUGUUCGAGGACCCUGCGAUAGAUAAGGAGGUGGAGAUCCGCAAGAAAGUUCUAAAAAUUUAUAAUAAAAGAGAUUUUGACUUCCCCAGUCUCAGAGAAUACAACGACUACCUGGAGCAGGUGGAAGAAAUUGUGUAUAACCUGACGAACAAUGUGGACGUGGAGAGCACAAAGCAGAUGAUGGAGCACUACCAGAGAGAGAACCGAGACAUCAUACAGAGGAACAAAGCCAAACUGACCCGCGAGCAGGAGGAGCUGGAGGAGCUUUUGUUACUGGAGCAGCAGGACUCGCAGCAGCGGAGGCUGGAGACGCUGCAGGAGGAGAAGAGACAGCUGCAGGCCAAACGGAAGAGCAAGCAAGCCUUACUGGACGAGCUGGAAAACUCCCAGCUGCCAGCGUCUAUCCUUCUGGCCCAGCAUAAAGACAGAGCGGCGCAGCUGGAGACUCAGAUCGAGAAACAGAAACAAAGCGUCAAACCAGCCACAAUCUUUUCUACAGGCAUUCUGAAGGGUCAGACGGUGUCUCUCGCCCCAGUAGCCCAUAUUGAGGAGGUGUUGUAUAAAUAUCAGCCGCUUCACAUCGAAACAUUCGGCCCACCUGUGCCUGGACUAGAGCAGCUGGACAGGAUUGGGUAUCUGAAUCAUGUGAGGACGGCCACUCCGCAGGACCUGGCAGGGGGGUACACAUCAGGACUGGCCUGCCACCGAGCACUACAGGACGCUUUCAGCGGACUCUUCCCUUCAUUAAUAUAACACCCCCAGCCCCCACACCUCCCCCCAGCAGGAGGGUAAUACAUAACCUCUGUCACAAGUGCAGAUCAUCCAGUAGGAAAUCAGUUAAAGGACGAGUUCUGCAAAUUUACCCAGUUUCUCCCCCUGUAGCCAGGAGUGUCUGAACACUGCUUCAGGUUUCGCCCUUUGACUUUCACAUAAACUCCGUGGUUUCAGACUCUGUAGGACUCCCUGCCACCUGUAAACAUGGACUCAAGUUUGGCUGUAUUUAGCCAUGCUGAUGGGAUUUAGACCAUGAUUAUAGGUAAGUGAGUCACACAGCCUGAAACCACAGUGGGGUUUAUUAAAGAUACUGAACGUGUGUGAUGAUGAUGAUGAUGAUGUCGCUGAGAUGCUGCUCUGUUGGGGAUAAGCUUCCAUUACCUUUCAGCCACAUUAGCCUCCGAGCUCCUGGAACUAAAGAAGCAAACACGUCUCAGCUGAUUGACGUCCUCUGGGGCAAGAUGGGAAACUGCUAAUUUAAUUUAUUGACCAGAACUCUGUCCUACCCUUAUUUGGGACAAAUUAAUCCUGGAAUCGUGAUUUUCUGCUGAUUUUUCCUUUUUAAGUCCAGAACGAAGAAAAAAAAGUGGAUCCACAUUGUACAGAUAUUUUUGCAGCGUCUGUGAUCUUUUGUAAAUGUGUUUGGUUUAAUAAAAGGCUAUAAAAAA